AUGCUACUGAAAUCCAGCCUUCUCCUCCUCCUGGGGGCUGCCUCGACGGCCGUAGGCUAUGUCGUCAACAACGGCACCUCAUGCUAUGUGUAUCCUGAAUCAUUGACCCAUUUCGGCCAGCCGGUCGACGACACGCCCUCGAUCCUACGCGCCUUUGAGCUGUGCGGCACCAAUGGCUCCGUCAUCCUGACCGACAACACCUUCCACAUCGACCAGGUCAUGAACACGACCAAUCUGCUGAAUUGCGAUGUGGAGCUGCACGGCGAGAUGGUCUGGAGCACGAACGUGCCGUAUUGGCUGAGCCACAGCUACUCGGUGGUUUAUGCGAACCUGUCCACCGCGUGGUUGUUUGGUGGGACCAAUGUCACCUUCCGGGGGUUUGGGAAGGGCAGGUUUAAUGGAAACGGCCAGGUGUGGUACGAUGAAAACCGCAACAACAGCAAUCAGCCCGGACGACCGAUCUCCAUCACCAUCUUUAAUGCGACCAAUCUGUAUAUGGACGGUCUCACAUGGACGCAAGCCCAGUUCUGGCAUACCUUCGUUUCACAUUCUCAAAACGUUACCAUGUCAAAUAUCUUCAUGAAGUCCGUCAGCAAUGACCACUGGUUCACGGUCAACACCGAUGGGUCGGACACCUGGAACUCGAGGGAUGUCUUCUUUUACAACUGGACUGUCCAGGGAGGCGACGACUGCAUCGCCAUCAAAGGCAACAGCACCAACAUCGUAGCAAAGAACAUCACCUGCUACAACACGCAUGGCAUGCCAAUUGGCUCUGUGGGCCAGCUGCCAGGGUUCCCAGACUAUGUGAAAGACAUUGUCUUCGAGGAUGUCCAUCUUAUUAACUCGACUAAUGGUGCAUGGAUCAAGACGUGGCAGGGAGAGAACCGGGCCGUGACGAACAACGGUGAUGCCGGCGGCGGUGGCGGCGGAUGGGUCAAGAAUGUCACCUUCCGGAACUUCAGGAUCGAGAACGUUGGGCAGCCGAUCAGUAUUACGCAGUGUGUUUAUGGGAAUGAUCCCGAGAUCUGUGAUACCAGUCAGUUCCAAGUCUCCGACAUAACCUGGCAAAACAUCACCGGAACCUCUCACUUCGACAUCACAUCUUCCCUCCACUGCUCUGCGCUGGUGCCCUGCCCGGGGCUGAAAUUCAUCGACGUCGACAUCCAGACCGUCAACGCGUCCAAGGGUCUCCCGAGUCUGCCGUCGCUGAACCUGUGCGCCAACGUGAUCGGCUCGCCGAACGAGACGGGCAUCCCCUGCGACGGAUUCGCGCCCAAUAACUUCCCCAAUGUCAUCUACCGGAACUGGCCGGAGCUGGCGAACAACACGAUCGUAAGCGUAACGGUCCCGCCCGCGCAGAGGGAUAACUGUCUCCAUCCGGGGCCGGAUCCGGCGGCGAGUGGUUGCGCUGUUUCGGGAGAGUAG